AUGACCGGUGAAGCUAGUACCAUGGAAAGCACACAGAAUGAGACAAGUCUACUAAGUACAUUGCCAAAGGAAUUGCCACUAGAGUUUUUCAUCCAAAUUACGUCUGGAUUCUCUAAAGAGCGAAUAAUCCGUGGAAGCGCAUUUGGAACAUUUUAUAAGGGAAUUCUGCAAAAUGGGCAAGUGGUUUCUGUGAAGAAGCUUGCAGAAAAUAUGCAAAUUCCUGCUGGCAGACAAUUUCACAGUGAGGCAACAAAUCUUUUUGUUGCACAACAUCAAAAUAUAGUGAAGUUGCUUGGGUUCUGCGGUCAGUCGACAAAAAAGAUGGUGAAACGCAAUGGGAGAUUUAUUCUUGUUGACAAGGAUGAAUUUGUACUCUGCUACGAACAUGUACCGAGGGGAAGCCUUCGCCACUAUCUUUCAGAAAAACAGUUAUGUUACAAUGGUGAAGAGUCAAUUAUGACUACAGGGAAGGCCAUACUCCCACUACUGUCUACAGGAGAGGCCAUACUCCCACUGCUGACCAUAGCUACUAUGAUACAACUUGAAACAUGGUUGCACACCAACCCCCCCCCUGAAGUCAACACACAGGAACAAAAGUAA